CCUCCACCACCGUCGCCGACACCGCCACCACCCCUCCCUACAGUGUCUGAUUUCGUGGGCUAUGCCGGCGAAGCAAUUGAGCUGACGGACACGAACUCAGAAGAAGGUUCCAACCUUCCUGAGGUACCUGCUUUCCUCACCUACAGAGACGCCCAUAGAGGCUUCCCGCCCCUCUUCAGGGAUGCCUCAAACAACCGGCGUGAGGCAGACCCUCCCACCCAGGCCAGCGACUCCAACGGGGUGGGUCGGUUUUUCGGCUUCGCCGACUCAGCUGCGGCCUUUCUUCAGGAGGUCCUACAGCACCGAAAUUCGCCAUCACUACUCGAGCAAACUGGUGAUGUGCGAGCGGUUGGACGGCCACCGCGCAUCAGGGGGUUCCGUCAGUUCCAUUCGACCUGGGAAGGCCGACGUCUCGUGUCCGCGGUAGCCGCCUCACAGUUCCAGGAUGGUGGUGUAAGCAUUCCACACGCGCCACCGUCUCGGGCACGCCUGACAGUUGUCUACGCCGUCGUGCUGGCGCAUUCACGAGAUCUGGGAGGGUGA